AAGAAGUCAUGAUUAAUGCAAAGGAUCAAGAAACAUCCCCUCAAAUUAAACGUUUUUUUAAAUCAAAUAAACCAAAAGAAAUUAUCGAUACCUAUGAGAAGUCUUCGAAUUUACUUACUUUAGAAACAUACAUUCCAGUUGAAUCUUCCGACCAGAAUCGUAAAAUAGACGAUGAUCAAAUGGACCCGAAUGUAAUGUCACAAGAUAUAUUUGAAUCCGAAUUUCAUUGUUCUGAAAAUAUGAUGUCGAUCUGUCAAUACCACAAUGAUAUCUACUCGAAUGAUUCUCUGAUUGAUUUGAGGCCCAAUUCGAAUUUUACAAAACAACUUCCUUCAAACAUUCUAGUACCUUAUCUUGAAGAGCUCGAUGACAGGAUCGAAAGUUUGAUUCCAUCGAACAUCCAUAACUUUUUAACGAAAUUUUUCGGUCAGAAUUUAGCGGACGGUGAUUGGAAUGAUAAGAUCGAUGACCUACAAUGUUCAGAUAAAACUGAUCAUUUAAUGGUUUCAACGAUACGAAUCUUACGCAGGACUUUACCAAUUUUUAUUAUGGCAUUUUCACUAGGACCAAAUAAUCCUCUUUUGAAUUUGACUACCUUAAAAAGAACGCAUUUAAAUGAAUUUGUGCACCCAUGUUUGCAAGUCAGCCUAUGGUACAUAUCAUCUAUAAGUUACGAGUUCGGAGAGAUUACUACGAAUAACGAUUUACGGAAAUACGCAGAUGGUUUAGGAUAUUUAGACAAAUAUCGAUUAGUGUAUAUGGAAGGUUUGAGGCCAAACAACAAAGAUGAGAAAGCGAUUGCAGAUGCUUCAAAAAUCUCCAAAAACCUACAAAACAUUUUUUUAAGCGUGGUCAAUGAUAACGUAAAGUACAGAAGACGACUACCCAAAUCUCUGGCCGUCUUUGGUGGUCAAAGUUUUCUAAACCAAAUUCACUUGCAAUUUAUGGAUUACUGUGGAGGAGGAAAAUUCCGCCUUAAUGAAGUAGACAACGCCAAACUACCACGCGACUUUACAGAGAUGGGGGAUUUCGUAUUCUUUUACGAAUGUAUUAUAAAGUGGGCUUUGCUAGCUCGGGAAGUCAAAGAAGCUUUUGAGGAAUAG